AUGUUAUCAGGAAAUUAAUAUUUAUGUAUGUUUGUAUAUAAUCUGGUUGCUGGUAUUUUGAUUUGGCGACUCUAAUACUCAGUUUCAUUAAAAUCUUUAACAAGUAAAAAACAUGGAGAGAAGGGCCGAUCAAAUUAAAAUUAUUAUUUUAUUAUUUUCCAUUAUUAUGACGACAUCUGCAAACACCCGCGAUCAUUGUUUUGAUAUUUUAGACAAAUACUCACAGAAUCAAAUCAAAAAUAUCUAUAGUUUUGACGUUGAAAAAGUCGCAAAUACUUCUCCAGCUAAUGAAAUAUUUGAAUGUUAUCUUAAGGAAACACGAGAAAAUAAUGUUAAAAAAAAUGCUGAAAAAUAUUUCGAUGUGUUCAGAAAGUGUAAUGAAUAUAAAAAACAACAAUUGUUAUAUAUAGAAUUACACCAUAUUGAGGAGCUUACUAAAAUCGGUUUACCUUCGUAUUUGGAACAACGUAUUGUACGUCGUAUUGAAGGUGGUGAAGGAAAUGCUAGUGAAAUUUUAAAAUUAAUUCAGAAUGAUUUGUGUACUAAGAUAGAGAUGAGUGAUCAAUAUACAGAGUACAGAAGUUUGGUACGUUUCAAAUUGGAAACGGCUGGGAAAUCUGGCAGCAAAUCAAUUGCAGCAAUACAUUCUUCAAUUGUAUUUAUUGUUUUAAUACAUUAUUUAUUUAAGGUAUUUUAGAAUAUUUUUAAUUAAUUAUUAAAAUAUGCAAGUAUCCAGCAAAAAAAAAAAAAGAACUUCCAAAGAAGCGAAAAAGAAGUAGAAUUUACUUUAUGGAAGUAGUGCAAAAAGACCUGUGCUAAGGCUUAUCAUAAGAGCAAUGUUCUUUUUAUUGGAUUCAAAUUCACUACAUCUGAAGUCAUUCUCAGCAAGUGAUUUUUAUGUUAUUUUUUGGAAGUUAUUAGGAUGUGAAUUUGUACUAUUAUAGAAUUCAACUAAUUUGACUUAAAUAAUAUUAACAUAAAUUGAUAAAUGCGUGUAGCAUUUAUCAAUGAACUCCAAAAUAAAAUGGAUUUAAUUAAAAAAAUUUCUUUUCGUUUCUUUGGAAGUCAAAAAACAUCAAUUCCACAGAAGGUAAACAAACAAACACCACUUCAAAAGUAACACUAAUGUGUUGAUAAGUGGUAAUAAAUGUUAUUCUUUUGGAAGUACUUCGUUUUAUUUCUGCUGGAUACAGCGCAGUUUUGAAUAUAUUUUUCAAUGAAGAUAUUUUCCUUGUUAAUAUUAAUAAUUAAUCAUUAUCUCUACCUCGUAUUAUCGUCCAUAGUGUAAAUUUAUAUAUUGCCGGUUAAAAUAUAUGUUUGUAAAAGAUUUUAAUUUA